CGGCCAAUCUUCGCCCCUAAGGAAAGGUUCCCCGCCGGAGGACCCACCGUUCGUGCUUCGUGCCAGUUGACGACGUCCACCACGCGUCUGCCACACGGCACGCGUCGAGUCCUCUCCGCGGUCUCGAUACAUAUAACAGGUCGCCCUGAUGCCGUUCCCCGUUCUUGCAACGGAAAUCAGGAUUCCAAACCGUCAUCUGAAGGCAAAGAGCAAGGAAGGACGAAGAGAAGAAAUCAUCUGAAUGCAACGAGCAAAGAAGGAAGAGAAGAAGAUGGCGUCCUUAUGGAAGAAGAAACCAGAACAAGGUGAAGGAGAUCAAAAGCAGCCGAGUCUUUACCCUGUUGUGAUCGAAACCAACCCUGAAAGAGACUCCCCAUUCCUCUCUGACCAUCAAAAGCAUGCUUCAUCUUCUUCUUUGUACCCGUCUAUCGGUGCCGACAACUAUAGUCGUACUGCUCCUCCUCCUCCGGCUUCCCGCGCAUCUAUUGAUCCCCAUCAAACCACUUCUGCUCAUCCUUCGUCUUCUUCUUCGAUGUACCCAUCUCUGGAUAUGUCCGAUCUCGCUGAGAACCUCUUCGCGGAUGCCGAAGAGGAGAUUCGUGAUGCCAACCCUAGCGCUCCCUAUCAAGCAACCGAAGAGACCCUGGUCACCGUCCCCGGUGCCAUCGCCCACCUCAUCGACAAGCAGUACAGCGUCGAGCUCGCCUCCGGCGAUCUUUCCAUCGUCCGGCUUUCACAAUCAGGCAAUGUGGUCGCCGUCUUCGCCAGAAUCGGCGAUGAGGUGCAGUGGCCGCUCGCCAAGGACGAGCCCGCAGUGAAGCUCGACGACUCGCAUUACUUCUUCACGCUGCGCAUCCCUGCGGAGGUUGGGUCUCCUACCUCGAAAGGUGGGGAGGAAAUGCUCAACUAUGGGCUGACGUUCACCGCGCAAGGGCAGGGGAAGGUGAUGAAUAAAUUUGAUGAGAUUCUGAAGCAGUAUAGCUGUUUCUCGGUGCAAUCAGCCAGCAAGGUUCCGGGUGCGGAAGUGCUGGUUCCCGCAGCGGCGGAGAAGAAGGCAGAUUCUGCGGAGGCGGCUGCUGCGGCCUACUGGACUACCUUGGCUCCCAAUGUGGAGGAUUACAGUGGGUCUGUAGCACGGGCAAUCGCCGCGGGUUCUGGGCAACUGAUUCGUGGGCUUAUAUGGUGUGGUGAUGUCACUGUGGACCGGUUGAAAUGGGGGAACGAUUUUUUGAAGAAGAGAAUGGAUCCUAAUGCUAAGCCUGCAGAGCUCGAUAAGCAGACGCUGAAGAGAAUCAAAAGGGCUAAGUCUAUAUCCAAGAUGUCUGAGAAGGUAAUGACAGGGAUCUUGUCAGGGGUGUUGAAGGUGUCUGGGUUUUUUACCAGCUCCGUGGUGAACUCUAAAGCGGGUCAGAAGUUUUUCAGUUUGUUGCCAGGGGAGAUUGUUCUUGCUUCCCUUGAUGGCUUUGGUAAAGUCUGUGAUGCUCUUGAAGUUGUUGGGAAGAAUGUUCUGUCCACAUCGUCAGUUGUGACAACUGGGCUUGUAUCCCACAGGUACGGAGACCAAGCUGGUGAAGCGACCCAAGAGGGACUUCAUGCUGCAGGUCAUGCCAUUGGCACGGCAUGGGCGGUCUUCAAGAUAAGGAAAGCCUUAAAUCCAAAGAGCGUCUUAAAACCAUCAACGAUCGCCAAAACUGCAGCUAAAGCAGCUGCAGAAGCAGAAAAGUCGAAGAAGAAAUAAAAGCAGCAUGGCAGAGCAGAAUUCAGUUGUGCCUGUAAAUUUUUGACGGAUCCUUUGUACACUUGGCUACUUUUACUCUUAUUGCUUGAAAUGGAUGGUCAUGUUUCCUGUUUUUUCUGGAUGAUUUUAUACUCCAUUGUCCUUUACUUUUAUUUUUUUUUUGUUUAAAUUAUAGUUUCUCGGAAAUGAUAAAAUAUGUUUCAUGUGUUGUGCA